GUCCAUACCAAAUUUUCCGACUGCCAGCAGGAAUCCUAUUAGCCCCUUACGUGGAACUGUGGAAGUAUAAAAUUACACUUAAAUUCAGAUAAAGAAUUUUACUGAAAUCAAAAAAUUGACCCGUGAGAUUUAACAAGUUUCACCGGAGAAGCUUUUUCUGUGUUCGCUCACCAAUUUCGAGGAUGAAUUGUAUGAAAAUUAUUGCGGCAUUUCAUAUGUUGAGUUGUGGUAUGAUAUUUCUGGGGUUUCUUGCUCAAUUUACGUCGUUCUCGAAAGAUGGGCAUAUGGUUAUUAUGUGUGGUUAUGCCUUGUAUAUAGUGGUGUGUUUAUGGUUUAUCAAAAUCAAUCCCAAGACUCCGAAGGAACAGCGCGUUUACGAGUGGGUUUAUUGUGUGUGUCAACUUUUUGGCACAAUUCUUUCCUGUCUGGGCACAAUCAAUUUCAAGGGUCCUAAUACAUAUGUUUGGGCCGGGGUUGCAGCCGGUGGGAAUCUGCUGUUGUUCGUCGGAGGUGCGGUGCUUUUGGCAAAAGAAAUUCGGAUCGAGCAGCUUCAAAGAAAGAUCCUCCCGGUGAAUCAAGGCGAGCUGUAGUAGUUUUGUAAUUGGUUUUCCUAUAGAGUUUUAACAUUCUGAUUUCAUUUUUUUGGGGGGUUAUCAUAGUUUGUGUAAAGGUACUUGACUGAAUUUUUUGUUAUCAUGGAUUGUACAUAGGUAAAUAGCAAGUUACUCGUAGGUAGGUAUUAUGGCAUUUAGAUGUUGAGGCGUUGGUGAAUUUCUAGUGAAAGUUGCAUAUAUCACUCUCACAAUCAAAGUUUUCUAAUUCUCUGAU